AUGGAAUACUGCUCUCACCUCUGGGAUGGUUUUGCCAAAUAUCAGCUGGAGACGCUUGAGGCGAUAGAGAGGCGUGCUAAGAAGCUCAUAAACGACGGUGAUCUGGUAGGCAAAAGACUACAGAGCCUCGCUCAUCGCCGUAGAGUGGCUAGUCUGUGGUGGACGUUCCAUGUACCCGGACGAGUACAGCAAGCAAAGGAGCAGGUUGGCCAGCUGCCGUUAGGUGCCACCACUGAAAAAUGUUGCAAGUCGGCGGGUGGGGUCAGUGCGGACUCUCGGCACAGCGCUCAGACCGCGCCAGCAGCCAGCGGCGCCGCUCGCACCCCGAACGUCAGCACCAGACUCGAUAACACGCUAGCACGCCGGCGCGCUGAUUCGCCGACACGCCGACACGCCGACACGCCUCCACGCUACAGGAACGGUGUAGUGGACGCUAUGAAAGCCAUCAUCACCCUUGUCGUCUGCCUUUGCGCAGCAUGGUCUGUGGAGAGCUCGGCAGCGCCGCGCGGCUUCCGCAGGCGACCGCAACCCGCUGCAGAAUAUGAAGAAUACGAGAGGAACAAUCUGGCGCCAGUGCAGCCGCAGGUGUCGCCCGCUUUGUCAUGGCAACCCAUCUCAGUCAACAUCCCCAUACCUCGCGGCGCCGGCUCGUCUGUGCCGCUGGUGAUCCUGCCGCUGCCGAUGCCGGUCGCGGCGCCAACCCCGACGCAAACUGAAUGUAAGGUUGUGCAAGAAACGAAAUAUGAGUAUGAGAAUGAUGAAGAUGGGUAUGAGGCGCCACAAGCGAAGCCCGUGAGACCGUCGCAACCUUCGCGGCCGGGCCUGCGGCGGCCGGAGCGGCCCCAGAGCCCCGCGUGGGGGCCCAUCGUGGCAGAGGAGUCCGAGCAGCCGCCGCCGCACGCGCCCCCCACGCCCCCCGCCCCGCAGCCUUACCCCUCCUACGUGAGGCCCGAGGAGCUGGAUAGCACUGUCACCAUUCCACACAUUGAAACGCCAUUCACGUCGCAGCAGCUGGUGCAGCUGUUCCGCGAGCAAGCGCCGCGCGCCCCUGCGCUGCCACCGCUGCUGCUGUCGGAGCACGACCGCUCGGAGCGGCAGGCGGCCGGCCCGCCCCCCGCGCCCGCAGGCCCCACGCCGCUCGCCUCCGCGCGGCCCCGCUCCGCGCGCUCCUCCUAUCCGCGCCCGCCCAAGCCGCGCAUCGCCCGCUCGCUCGCCAUCUCUGCAGAUCUAACCGUGCCGCGCGCCGACUAUACCGAAACUUACACGGCUUGGUACGAUGCCGAGAGCGGUUCUGCUCGCGUGGACUUCUUCGACGGCUCUUCGUCCUCCUACCGCACCUUUAUGCCUGAUGGCAGAGUGCAGUAUCUUGAAGUGCGCGUGGAUCGGUCGGGCGAGCGGCCCGUGCGGCGCUGCGGCCGCUCGGAGCCGCAGCCCGCCGCGCCGGCCGACCGCCGCCCGCCCGCGCUGCCUGACUUCGCACAAUUCACCUUCGCUGGCUACGUGGAGCAAGGCAACGCGUCGCUAGAGCGGUGGCAGCAGCAGGUGGCGGGCGCGGCGGGCGAGCUGGGCGCGGCGCGCGGCGAGCGCCUCACCGCGCGGCACGACCUGCUGCUGGCGCGCGACCGCGACGACCAGCCCGUGCCGCUGCAGUACAACGUGGCAGUUGACAGCUCCGUUCUGGGCUCGGACUGUGAUGGCUACCAGCAUCGCUACGUAGACGUGAGAAACGAACAAAAAGAUGCUGCAUUCUUUACACCCAAUAUCGAUGAGCUGUGUGAUACGGUGGAAAUGCUGAACCGGUCAGAGCCUGAACACUUCGCGCGACUCGACCCCUUGCGCGAGUUCACGCUGCCAUUCCGCGACCCCAAAUAUGAUGCGGCUCUUCAAAAGUUUAAAACUGACUUUAACCGCAAAUACGGCGACGACAUCGAGGAGGCGGUACGCAAGAACCUGCUGAUGCAGAACACGCGCUUUACGUCGUCGGGCAACCGGCAGGGCGGCACCUCGCAGUUGGGCAUCAACUACCUGGGCGAGCGGCUGGACGCCGAGCUGCAGCUGCUCAUGGGCGUGGAGCCGAGCGGCCGCGACUCCGCCGAGCGCUUCCCGCACUCGCGCCGUCAGCUGCAGAAGAUGGACUCGCGCCUGCCCGACCGCUUCGACUGGCGCCCACGCGGCGGCGUCUCGCCCGUGCAAUUCCAGGGCGCCAACUGCGCGUCGUGUUGGGCGUUCGCGGUGGCGGGCGCGGUGGAGGGCGCGCUGUUCGCGCGGACGCGCCGCCUCGUGCCGCUCUCCCCGCAGUGCCUCGUCGACUGCGCACAUCCGUACGGAGGUAGGGGUUGCGGAGGCACGUGGCCCAGCCAUGCGUACAACUACGUACAGGAGCGCGGCCUGCCCGCCCUCGACGAGUACACGCCUUACAAGGAGAAGGUGGAGCAGUGCCGCGACAAGGAGGUGCCAGCCGUAACGCGCAUCAGCGGUCACGUCAACGUCACCGAGAACAGCGUGCCCGCUCUCAAGGUGGCGAUAAAGGAGCACGCGCCUUCCGUGGUGUUGGUGGACGCCAACGCUAAGAGCUUUGUGUUCCACAAAUCAGGCGUUCUGUAUGACGACCGAUGCGGCAAGACUCUAAAGAAGCUGAAGCACGCGGUGCUGGCCGUGGGGUGGGGCAGCAGCAAGGGCGAACCAUACUUCGUGCUGAAGAACUCAUGGUCAGCGGCGUGGGGCGAGCGAGGCUACGUGCGCGUGCAGGCGCGCUCCAACACGUGCGGAGUGCUCACCAAGCCGUCCUACCCGCGCCUCGCGCCCGCCGAUGUGCUGCGACGCGACCUGCCGCAGCCCUAGUGACGCACCAGCUCCCGCCUCCAACCACCCCUAGUGCCAAUAUACGCUCAAUAACAGACAC